UUCAACUUUUCAGUGACUCCGCGACUUCCGCUUUUGAAAUACAGAACUGGUGAGAGAGGAAAAGACAUCUUUCAGUUUGAAACACAGAGAGAAUUGUUUAAAUGCUGUAUGGAAAAGCUAUGAGCAAACUGCUUUGGUUUUCUAUGGCCAGACCUAGCUGUGCAGCUUGAUGAACUGAAACAUUCCUUGAAACUGUAAAAGAUCUCAGCCAAAGAAUGAGGAAUUCAAAAGAACUGGGCACAAGCAAAACAGGGUACUUUUGCUCUUAAGAUGAAAGGUUGAGUUACGGUGAAAAUGAAGGUGCUCUCCUUCUGUCCCAGAUCCAGAUACAGCUUUCUUCUGCCACACUUUAUUAUUUAUUUCAUCACUUUCCAGAUUCACAAGGUGGAAUCAGCACUGUUUAAAGUGAUAGGACCUCAUCACCCCAUCUCUGCUGAGGUUGGUGAGGACGUUGUGUUACCCUGUCACCUGUCCCCCAGGAGGAGUGCUGAGGACAUGGAGGUGAGAUGGUUUCGGUCUAAGUUCACUUCCUAUGUGCACCUGUAUCGAUAUAGGAAGGAUCAGUUCGACCAGCAGAUGCCUGAAUAUCAAGGAAGGACGGAGCUUUUGAAAGAUGGUUUCACCAAUGGAAGUGUUGACUUGAAAAUUGCCAGUGUCCAACUCUCUGAUGAGGGGCAGUACACCUGUUUUAUUCAGGAUGAUGUCAUUACUGAGGAGGCCCAAAUGGAAAUAAAGGUGACAGAUCAUUCUUCCCAGAAGGUACCCGCUUGGAUAGUGGUCCUAGGUGUGAUCAUGGUGGUUUUGUUUGGUGUCAUUAUCCUGACUGUUUAUUUCUCUAAAAGAAAAGGGAAACAUGUGAAAGAAGUUGGUAAGUCUCACUUUUCCUCUUUCCACUUUGGCAAACAGCUGGACUGCAAUGAGCACAGUGGCUUUCCGUCUAUGCAAUACUCUGAAGAUCUUGAAGAGGACAAAUCUCAUGUUGCUUUGAGCAGCUAUAUUGGCAUGUAA